AGAGAGCUGGCGCCGGUGGGCGGGGUCCCGGGGCCAGGCCUCGCAGGCCGCUGGGAGACUCGGCGUCGGUGCUCCAGGCGAGCGAACAAGCCAAAAGGCUCGCUCGCGGGCUGGGCGGAGGGCGGGGGCAGGACCGUGGAGUGCGGGCUGCGGCGCAGAGUGGACAUGAAGAUAGAAGGAGAUACUGUAAAUAAAGUGCUUAGCCCAAGGAAUGCUACAUAAGUGCUCAAUAAAUGGAUCUAUCAUUAUUAUGAUAAUAUGUCAUGUGGCCUGUGCUUUGGACCGUGGUGCGUACCUAUGCUCCCUAUGUUACAUUUCCUGUGGCCUUCGUGGUCGGGGCUGUGGGUUACCACCUGGAAUGGUUCAUCCGGGGAAAAGAUCCCCAGCCUGUGGAGGAGGAGAAGAGCAUCUCUGAGCGCCGGGAGGACCGCAAGCUGGAUGAACUGCUAGGCAAGGACCACACCCAGGUGGUGAGCCUUAAGGACAAGCUGGAAUUUGCCCCUAAAGCUGUCCUGAACAGAAACCGCCCAGAGAAGAAUUAAUGAAGGACACAGAGCCCCAUGGGUCCUUGUGUGGGCUGUGACUGGCCCUGCCACCAUGUCUACCCUGCUCCAGAACCCACAUUGGAUUUGCUGUGUCGCUUAUUCUGGCCCCUCCUGUACCACCCAGCCCCGCACACACCAGCCGCCCUCGUGUUGCCAGGCGGACACUCGAGCAGCCGAGGGGCCAGGGAAGAGGAAGGCCCUUGAGGGUUCUGGCCUGAAGGCUGCAUGUGUUGUAUGGUGGCCGAAACUGCUCAGGCUUCUGCGCUUGUGGGCGCGCCAUGGGGAGGAGUGUCAUGAAAUGAAUGAUGGCUGUCUGUUUCUUUGGGGAGGCACUUUGGCCUCAAGUGGGAGUGGCUGGGGUUGGGGUGCUGCCUUAGGAGGGAUGCCUACAUGCCUAGUUCCAGUGUACACUGGGAAGAAUUCAAAAAGCUACCUGGCUCCCUUCACUAGUUUGCCCUCUUCUUGUACUCAUUCUUCCUGAAAUCCUGUCCUGUCAGCUCAGGAAUGAGACUCCCUGGGGAGGAAAGCCUUUUACUGUUCUUGGAAGCCCAGGUUGUUUACCUUGGGACAGGUGAAUUUGCUUGAAAACAGUCACAUUUUUCACCACCCCCAUCACUGUAUGGUACAAAACUUGAUUAAAGUGGCAUCUGAGAAUCAUA